AGGAGAGAGAGAGAGAGAGAGAGAGAAAGAGAAAAGAAAGAAACCUAGAUCUCUAAAAUAAAAUAAAAACCAAACAGGUUCCUAUCAGUGAAGUGGAAAGGAGGGGGGCAGGGGAGGCUUGAGGGGGGUGCUGGGGAAGCAGCUGAGAGGCAGAGGAACACGGCUCAGGAGCGUCUCAGGGCUCUCGGAUCUGGGGACAGAAGUGAGAUUGGAGAAAGUAGAGCGAUGCCAAGGAGGAAACAGCAAGCACCCAAACGGGCUGCAGGUUAUGUCCAAGAGGAAGAUUUAAAGGAAGAGGAAGAUAUAAAAGAGGAGGAAGAAGAUGAUGAUGACAACAACUCCACCGCUCAGCUGCAGGGCAGCAAUGACACCGGCACGGAUGAGGAGCACGAAGUGGGUCCUGAGCAGAAAGGGAACUUCAGUUUCCAGAAUUCCCCUGUCAGUCACAUUUCCAACCAGGACGCAGAGAACGAGUCCCUGCUGAGUGACAGCAGUGACCAUGUGGCAGACAUCAAGAACAUCUGCUCCAGGGAGCCCCAGGAGCCCAAGAGCAGCGCCCACCCCAAAGCCCAGAGCGAAGCACACGACUGCAUGGAUAAAAUGACAGCAGUCUAUGCCAACAUCCUGUCGGACUCUUACUGGACAGGCUUGGGGCUGGGCUUCAAGCUGUCCAACUCUGAGAAGCGGAGUUGCGACAACAGGAACGGAGGGAACAAAGCCGAUUUCGAUUGGCACCAAGACGCUCUGUCCAAAAGCUUGCAGCAGAAUUUGCCUUCCAGGCCUGUCUCCAAGCCCAACCUGUUCAGCUCGGUGCAGCUCUACAGGCAGAGCAGCAAAAUGUGCGGGACUGUGUUCACGGGCGCCAGCCGGUUCCGCUGCCGGCAGUGCAGCGCUGCCUACGACACCUUGGUAGAGCUCACGGUGCACAUGAACGAGACAGGGCACUACCAGGAUGACAACCACAAAAAGGACAAGCACAGACCCACCAGCUACUCCAAGCCCCGGAAAAGGGCGUUCCAGGACAUGGACAAGGAAGAUGCACAAAAAGUUCUCAAGUGUAUGUUCUGUGGUGACUCUUUUGAUUCCCUUCAAGAUCUGAGUGUUCAUAUGAUAAAAACAAAACAUUACCAAAAAGUGCCUUUGAAGGAGCCGGUACCAACCAUUUCUUCAAAAAUGGUCACCCCAGCCAAGAAACGUGUGUUUGAUGUGAACAGGCCUUGCUCCCCCGACUCCACGACGGGGUCUUUCUCCGACACCUUCUCUUCUCAGAAGAACACGAACCUGCAGCUCUCCUCCAACAACCGCUACGGGUACCAGAACGGGGCCAGCUACACCUGGCAGUUCGAGGCCUGCAAAUCCCAGAUUUUGAAGUGCAUGGAAUGUGGAAGCUCCCACGACACCUUGCAGCAGCUCACGACCCACAUGAUGGUCACUGGCCACUUCUUGAAAGUCACGAGUUCAGCUUCCAAGAAAGGGAAGCAACUUGUUCUGGAUCCUUUAGCCGUGGAAAAAAUGCAGUCGCUGUCUGAAGCGCCAGCCAGUGACAGCCCUGUUUCAAAAUCGAGCAAAUCAUCUGCAGAAUGCAUAGGUCCUGCCUCAGAACUUAAAAAGGAAGGUAAAAAAGAUAAAGCUGAUGAUGCAAACAAAGAUGAGAAAGCAAUGAAAACUGAGGAGUACGAAGACACUCUUCAGAAACCCCUGGACCCCACAAUGAAAUACCAGUACCUCCGAGAGGAAGAUUUAGAAGACGGUUCAAAGGGCGGUGGGGACAUUCUGAAGUCCUUGGAGAACACUGUCACCACAGCCAUCAAUAAAGCUCAGAACGGAGCUCCCAGCUGGAGUGCCUACCCCAGCAUCCACGCAGCUUACCAGCUCUCCGAGGGAGCCAAGCCCUCCUUGCCUGUGGGAUCCCAGGUGCUCCAAAUCAGGCCAACCAUGACCAACAAAUUGAGGCCCAUAGCGCCCAAGUGGAAGGUGAUGCCUCUGGUCCCAAUCUCAGCAAACGUCAGCCAGUGCACUCAAGUGAAGAAGGAGGCUGAGGACAAGGAGGAGGUACAAAAGGACUACGCUAAGGAGGGGGUCCAGGCUGAGCCAGCCUCGCUCAGCCAGAGCGAGAGGGAGCCUCUCCUCAAAGCUGAAGCCUCUGCAGAGCCAAAAAAGAUAGAACCGUGCCCCUUGAAAGAGGAAGACAAAAUUAAAGAGGACAGUGGGAAAGAAAAGCCAGUCCUCAAGGAGGCAGCAGCAGGUUCUCUCAGUAAUGGCUGUGCUGCUGCCAGCCAUUCCUCGGAGCUGCCCUGUGUGAACCCCCUGAGCGCGCUGCAGUCAGUGCUCAACAAUCACCUGGGCAAAGCCACCGAGCCCUUACAGCCUCAGUCCAACUGCAGCCCCAGCUCCAGCACAAUCUCCAUGUUCCACAAACCCAACCUAAACAUGAUGGAGAAGCCGGUUUUGUCUCCAGCUCCAACCCCACCAAAGCCUGCAAGCGUGUCCAGGCACUAUUUGUUUGAAAACAACGAUCAGCCUAUUGACCUGACCAAAUCCAAAGGCAAGAAAGCUGAGUCAGCUCAAGCACAAUCUUGUACUUCUCCACCUCAAAAGCACGCUCUGUCUGAUAUUGCUGACAUGGUCAAAGUUCUUCCCAAAGCUACCACACCAAAACCUGCUGCAUCCUCAAGGAUCCCGUCCAUGAAGUUGGAAAUAGAUGUCCGGCGCUUCGAGGACGUCUCCACAGAAGUCUCCACCCUGCAUAAAAGGAAGGGCAGGCAGUCAAACUGGAACCCUCAGCAUCUGCUCAUUUUGCAAGCUCAGUUUGCUUCCAGCCUCUUCCAGACAUCUGAAGGUAAAUAUUUAUUAUCAGAUCUAGGCCCACAAGAGCGCAUGCAGAUUUCCAAAUUCACUGGACUGUCGAUGACCACCAUCAGCCACUGGUUGGCAAAUGUCAAGUAUCAACUUAGGAAAACCGGAGGAACAAAGUUUUUGAAAAACAUGGACAAAGGACAUCCAGUCUUUUAUUGCAGCGACUGUGCAUCUCAGUUCCGAACCCCCUCUACUUACAUUAGCCACUUAGAAUCCCACCUAGGUUUCCAAAUGAAAGACAUGAACAGGCUGGCUGUGGAGCAGCAAACCAAGGUAGAACAAGAAAUCUCCAGAGUUUCAGUUCAAAGGUCUCCUGAAACAAUAGCUGGAGAAGAGGACACAGACUCUAAGUUCAAAUGACGAAUGCCUUAGUCCAGCUGUCCAGCCCAGCUCCGCCCGGCCCCGCUCGCCACGGCCCUGACAUUGAACUCACAGCAACCCGGACCGAGGAGGCUGCCAAAAAACUCCUGCUAUUCUUCUUCAUCCUCACUAACAAUUUGGUAAUGAAGUAUUGAUUUCCACUCCCCUGCUUAUGGACGAUAUUAGAUUUUCAUUGAUAAACUGCACUGGGGCUGUCUGGUCUCCACUGUCCCUUUUUGCUGUCACUAAAACAAAGUGCCACUGAAGUAAGAUAAUGACUGAGAACAUUGAUGUACUUAUUUCGUCAAUUUGUAACACUUGACAGGAAAAAAAAAAAUUCUUCAUAGUUUAAUGUCCAAGUGUGCUACACAAGAUGCAGUCACAUUGGAAGCUUUACUUUUCAUGGUAAUGUCCAUUUCCUAUUUAUAACCCCUUUGGGAUAGUUUGUCUAAAGGAAAUGUUUCUAUUCUGUGCAGCUAUUACUGUUGCACCUGGGUUGCCCAAUCCAGUCAUUGCACUAGGGAUCAAUACAUCACAGUAAGUACAAGAAUUAUUAAGUUGAAACAGAUUCUGAGCCAAAAAACCUCUGAACAAUGUUAAUCUUCUGUGCAAGUUGUUCAAAUAGUUAUGCUUAACCAUGUUGCUGCCAAAGAUUUGUUUGAAAUGGAUUAUUUUCAGUUUGUUUUAUUCCUCAGAUAUAUAUAUAUAUUUAAAUCUCCAUUACGGUUUAUGAUGAGACAUAUGGGAUGGAGGGAUUUUUAAACAAAAGUACUAUUGUUAGAUUAUUGAACAUUAUAUAAAUAUAGAUAUAUCUAUAUAUAAAUAUCACUAUGUAAAUAUCUAUAUAUAGAUAUAAAAGAAUAAAAACAGAACUCCUUUCUCAGUGAGGUGAGUGUAAAUCUGAAACUCUGUCCUGGUCAACAGAGUGACUUUGGGUUUGUGCCACCAAAGCUGGGAUCAGAAUCUGGUGUCCGAGCUCUGCCUGGCCCAGUGACCUGGGAGAAGGGGGCUACAAAAAUGGCAAUUUCAAAUUUGUGCUUGCAACUUUUUUCAUUAACACUUCGAGGCCCCGAUUUUAAUUUGUGGAAUAUUCACGUUAAUAAUGAGAUCUAAUUAAGACAUCCAUUAAAAGCCCGUUAAAGUUAAUUUAACGUAAAAAUUCCAAUAGAGCUGUAUUAGAUUUUCUCCAUUAAAUUAACGUUAUGGAUUUUUAACGGAUGUCUUAAUUAUACAUUAUUAUUAACGGGAAUACUGUAUUACACAGAUUAAAAUCGGGUCCCAAGUCAACUCCCAGAAUCUGCCAGGAUAUGCCAAUGUCACGAGUCCCACUGUUCCUAGUGCACUGCCUGGAAAUCCAGGCGCAGCUCAGAGAAAACAACCUCCAGUAGACAAAUCCAUCUCUGCAUUUAACGAUGAACUUCCCCUAUUCUCCAAGGAAAAAUAAGUCUGGAUCGAGUUGUAAAUCGCUAUUCCGUGGCAAAUGAAAUAUUCAAAGUAUGCGAGGCACAAGUGGAGAAGAGGCUCUUUCUCAAAUCAGAAAGGGCUUUGGGGUGUCCUUUCCUGUUGUUUUGUUUGCGAUGUUCAAGGAUAUAAUUGAAGUGUAGCAGUCACAAAAUCAGACUAAAUCUGUUCCCUGCACUCCCUGUGGCCUGUGCAGAAGGGCCUGUUUUGGCACUGGAAAUUUUGACAUGAUCCCUAAACUCAACAUGGAGGAGAAAAAAAGGCCCUUCUUAUUUACCUCCUAGGGAAAGUGUUGCCCUUAUGCCACAUAUAAUAGCAAAUUGCUUUUUUUAUGGCAUGCAUAACCUAGAUGGGAAAAAAUAUGGCGCUUGAGGGAAGGAGGGAAAAAGUAAAUGAAGUUCCAGGAAUGUCAUUCUGAAGUAAUGAGGCAUGGACAGAAAAUAUACCCCUCACAUCAUCGGAUUGAGAUGGCAGUCGAAAUAGCUUCAUUGAAGUGUCAGCACUCAUCCAUCAAUCAAUCAUCCACAAGGAAAAAUAGCGACAGUACAACGGGGCGGCUUUUAUGGGAUUUACUCAUGGGCAUAGGGAAUAGCAGCUCAAAUGUAGUUCUGACAUGAAAAGCAAGGUGCUGAUAUUAUUUUUUAUGAUGGGAGGAUCAUAAAGUGAAUUGAGAACAGUGAGGUCUGUCUUUGCUUAACCUAUUCAACUGGAAAUGAACGGAGCUCAACUGGAAACGAGCAGAGCCUUCAGAUGGGUUAAGAUUGAAGCCUGCGCCGUGCUGAGCACUGGCCAUUGACAACAAAAUUCUAUUACAGCCAAAUCAAUGCAUUAGCAUCGAGCUCCUCAGAAGCUGUUAAAUUGCACAGCCCAGGCCGGAGUUUAGAGGUGAAGUUGCUCAAGGUGGGGCCUGUGGUGCCACGAGUAGAAAAUACCCCUGGGAGAAACUGCACGUGUGGCUCCUUUCCCUGAGCUUUUGGAUGCAGGGAAAAAAUAUUGGGUAGCACCUGGCAGGUGAAGCUCCCAGCAGUGAUGCUGUCAUGGCCAGGAGUUUGGUUUUUAAUGGGAUUGUCCAUGCAGGGUUUGCACCUGAGGCAAGGCCAAGCUGCAGGAAUUCCCACAUGGGAGCUGUUGGGAGAUAUCCCACAGAAAGGAGAGCUGGGGUCCCAUAAAAAGGAGAGCUGGGGUCCCAUAAAAAGGAGAGCUGGGGUCCCACAGAAUGGAGAGCUGGGGUCCCACACAAAGGAGAGCUGGGGUCCCACAAAAAGGAGAGCUGGGGUCCCACUAAAAGGAGAGCUGGAGUCCCACUAAAAGGAGAGCUGGAGUCCCACAAAAAGCAG